UCUCUCCAACACACACACACACAAAUGUGUAGGCAUGCUCACAGAUUGUGUGCAUGUUUCCAUGUGAUUGGAUGUUGUGAUUUUAAUUGAUUUUCAUUUUGUUGCAACGUAAAAAGUACUCUUAUCCGAGUAGCUUUAUGGACAGUAGUGGUAUAAUGGGAAAUUUUCUUCUGUCAAGAAAGUUUGAUGACAUCGUAUGGGGAUGCAUUCUUUUGCGGGUCCUUUUUUUGGCCUGAUCCCAGCAUAGAUGACACUAUGAAAUAGUUUAAAUAUCUUCUACCGAGCAAGUAUCUUUUCAAAAAGUUUGUUGGAUUUGCUAGGUGAUCUAUUAGGAUCACUUUUACUCAUGUCUAACAGUUGUGAAUGGGAUUAUGUUGACUUGAUGGAUCUAAUGUUGGAUAGGAUGUAGAAAUAAGAUGAAUCUCAAAUUUGGUCGGAAACUCGGUUUGUGCUUUUCUAAAUAAAUUAUCUACAUAGACAAUAAAUUUUAGUGAAUAGAAUUUUGUGAGUUGGAAGAAUGCUUUCAAGGAGAUAUGCCUUAGGAGAUUGACUGGAGACUGCUUUACAAGUUGUGAGAUGGUAACUCUUUGGGUUUCGCCUCUUGUGAUAAGUGAGUGGUAGAAUGCCUCGUUUCUGUUUCAUUGAGUCUUUGGCAAUAGUUGAUAUAUUGUUAUUUGACUACUAGGAACGACUUAACUGAUGACUCCAUUGCAGAGAUAAGCAUAUGAUAUGCCCUUAGCACGUGUCAUUAGAAAUGUCAAUCUAAUUAGAUAAUUUCUACCACUGCUUCCUCUCUAUCAUCAAUGUGUUGUCAUUAUAUUUACACUAUGUAGCUGGCCAGACAUAUUUGGAACAUCUGGUCCAGUGGUUAGGACCUUAAUUCUAGACUUGCUCAUUUUCUAUUUCAACGAGCACAGUUUGGCUUAUUGCUUUGCUUGUUUUUUUUCCUUGAACACUUAAAGGCAAUUUGCUGUCUCCACAGCAUUCUUCUUCCUCCUCUGUCCUUUUUGUUUCAUUGGGGGGAGCGGGACUGGCUUUUGGGCGUCGUGAGACGGAUGUUACCAAUUCCUGUAAUGAUGAGUAGGAGUUUCAAAUAGUAUCAAGGCAAUAUGUGGGACUUUGUUUUGUCGCAAUAUGAUGUUUUAAGUCACUUAAUUGUAUUCUGGGAGAAUGAUAGAGGUGCUUAUCUGCUGCUAUUUGUUUACAUGACACAUUUUCUUUUGUAGGUUUUGUUCUGUGCUUCAGCACAAUCGUUCAUAUUGUUUCGAUUGAAGGAUUCGCCUGUAUGAAUCAGUGACGUUCCUUCUCUACUUCUAAUGGCAUCACGAUCUUAUACAAACUUCUCGGAUCUGGCUACUGGGGAUCUUUUGGAUAUCGUUCCAACUCCUUUUGCUCUUCCAAGGGUCAUGAAGGUGCCAGGUAUUAUAUCUGAUUUGGAUGGUAAUGGCAGUCUUGAUGGAGAUUCUGAUGCCACUUCAUCUAGUUGUCGUGAGCGGAAAAUCAUAGUUGCAAAUAUGUUGCCUUUGCAUGCUAAAAGGGAUAUGGAAACAGAGAAGUGGAGUUUCUGUUUAGAUAAAGAUUCAAUAUUACUACAACUAAAGGAUGGUUUCUCAUCUGAAACUGAGAUACUUUAUGUGGGUUCUCUCAAGGUUGAAAUAGACGUAAGUGAGCAGGAAGAAGUUGCUCAGAAAUUGUUGGAGGAGUUCAAUUGUGUUCCAACUUUUCUGCCUCAUGAUCUUCAGAAAAAGUUUUAUCUUGAAUUCUGCAAACAACAGUUGUGGCCCCUUUUCCAUUACAUGCUUCCCAUGUGUCCAGACCAUGGGGAGCGUUUUGACCGUUUGCUUUGGCAAGCAUAUGUAUCUGCAAACAAAAUUUUUGCAGACAAGGUUAUGGAAAUCAUAAGUCCUGACGAUGACUAUGUUUGGGUUCAUGAUUAUCACCUUAUGAUCCUACCCACAUUUCUAAGGAAGAGAUUUCAUCGAGUCAAACUCGGAUUCUUCCUCCACAGUCCUUUUCCUUCUUCGGAAAUAUACAGAACGUUGCCUGUCCGGGAUGAUAUUUUGAGGGGAUUGCUGAACUGCGACCUUAUAGGUUUCCAUACAUUUGAUUAUGCGCGCCAUUUCCUUUCAUGCUGUAGUAGAAUGCUGGGCCUGGAUUAUGAAUCUAAGCGAGGGUAUAUUGGACUGGAGUAUUUUGGUCGGACAGUGUAUAUCAAAAUUUUGCCUGUAGGUGUUCACAUGGGCCGGCUUGAAUCUGUCCUUAAUCUUCCUGCUACAUCCACCAAAGUCAAGGAGAUUCAAGAACAGUUCAAGGGGAAGAAAGUUAUCCUUGGUGUUGAUGACAUGGAUAUUUUUAAGGGCAUCAGUCUAAAACUACUGGCUGUGGAGCAACUCUUGCAGCACGAUCCGCAAUUACGUGGCAAAAUAGUCCUGGUUCAAAUUGUGAAUCCAGCCAGAGGAUCAGGCAAAGAUGUCCAAGAAGCAAAAAGGGAGACGUAUUUAACUGCCAAAAGGAUUAAUGAAGCUUAUGGUGCCGCUGGUUAUGAGCCUGUGGUCUUAGUUGACCGUCCCGUUCCACGUUAUGAGAAGAGUGCCUAUUAUGCAGUAGCAGAAUGCUGCAUAGUGAAUGCUGUGAGGGAUGGGAUGAAUUUAGUUCCUUACAAGUAUAUUGUCUGCAGGCAGGGAACUCCAGGCAUGGAGGAAGCACUGGGCGUAACAAAGGAUGCUCCCCGCACAAGCAUGCUUGUCGUUUCUGAGUUCAUUGGUUGCUCGCCUUCUCUUAGUGGAGCAAUUAGGGUCAACCCUUGGGACAUUGAUGCUGUGGCUGAUGCAUUAAGUUCAGCGAUAAACAUGAGCACUUCUGAGAAGCAAUUAAGACACGAGAAACAUUACAAAUAUGUCAGUACUCAUGAUGUGGCAUAUUGGGCACGCAGCUUUGCACAAGAUCUGGAGAGAGCAUGCCAAGAUCAUUACAAGAAGCGGUGCUGGGCAUUUGGUCUGGGAUUGGGAUUCAGAGUUCUGUCUCUUUCUCCCAGCUUCAGAAGGUUAUUAACUGAUCACGUAGUCUCUUCUUAUAGGAGGACAAAUAGAAGAGCUAUAUUUCUGGAUUAUGAUGGCACUGUUGUUCCUGAAGCUUCUAUCAGUAAAAUGCCAGGCCCUGAAGUCCUUGCUGUUUUGAAUACUCUCUGUAAUGAUCCAAAGAACACUGUAUUUAUUAUCAGUGGGAGGGGGAGAAAAUCAUUAAGUGAGUGGCUUUCUUCUUGCGAGAUGAUCGGAAUAGCUGCUGAGCAUGGGUAUUUUAUAAGGUGGAACAGUGCAGCUGAGUGGGAAACCGGUUCAUUGGCUGCUGAUCUUGAUUGGAAGAAUACCGUGGAACCUAUAAUGAAAUCAUACACAGAGGCAACUGAUGGCUCAAGCAUAGAGUACAAGGAGAGUGCUUUGGUGUGGCACCAUCAGGAUGCGGACCCUGAUUUUGGAUCAUGCCAAGCCAAGGAAUUGUUGAAUCAUCUGGAGAGUGUGCUUGCUAAUGAACCUGCAGUUGUCAAGGUCAAGAGGGGACAGCAAAUUGUGGAGGUCAAACCUCAGGGAGUAAGCAAAGGAUUGGUUGCGGAGAAGGUUUUGAUGACAAUGGUUAAUGGCGGCGAGCCACCGGACUUUGUAAUGUGCAUUGGUGAUGAUAGAUCUGAUGAGGAUAUGUUUGAGAGCAUAUUGAGCACCGUCUCUGGACCCUCUCUUUCUGUGACACCAGAAAUUUUCGCCUGCACGGUGGGGCAGAAGCCAAGCAAGGCAAAAUAUUAUCUCAAUGAUGUUGCCGGCGUUGUGCAAUUGCUUCAAGGCCUCGCCAAUGCUUCAUGUCCGAAAGCUGGAUAUGUCGCACAAUCACAAGUUUCUUUUGAAAGUUUUGUUUGAGUUGAAUCAUAAUGGUGGAGUAUUAUGUGGUUCUCUUUUGCUGACUGUUAUUGCUCUGCUCGAAAGGAUUGGCAUCCGGGAAUUGUGGAAGGUUGCCUUUUGGGUGUUGCUCUAGUUAAAUAGGCAAAUGAGGAGACUCCUCCUGUUUUGCAUUGGUGUGUCUGCGAGGAGCAAGCAGCCACGGCGAACGACACGGAAGUAGGGCAAAGAUGAAAUUUUUUGUCCCUGUAAAUCGUGACAAGAGUUUUUGUGUUUUUUAAGUGGUGCCAUUUGUUUUGAUUAUAGGUGUCCAUAGUGCUUGACUCUACUAAUGAAUGGCACCAUCGAUUUGUACAGGUGAAACAAUUAAAAUUCCAUACGAUGUUAUUUUCGAGCAA